AUGGCUCAGUCCGUGGUAGACGAGGAGAAGGGCAUUCAAUUCCCUCCGACCGUCGAAGCCUCACCACAAGAUGCAAUCAAAGAUGCGUCGGUCGGAGCUGGUUCUCCGACCGAGGCCGGAUUCUUCAGCCGUCUCAAUGCCCGGCUUACUUCGCUGAAGCUUUUUGAGUCCCGAGGCGUGGAACGCGUCCCUGUUGACGAGCGCCAUGACAUCAGGGCUGCCGAUUAUAUGCAGAUGACCCUUUUGUGGUUCAGCACUAAUAUCACCGCUAAUAAUAUCGCUUUGGGUAUGCUGGGUCCACUCAGUUAUGACCUCGGCUUUGUCGACUCUGCUCUCUGUGCCACUUUCGGUGCUUUGCUUGGAGCUGCUGGCGUUGCUUAUAUGGGAACCUUUGGGCCAGCGAGUGGUAAUCGUACGAUGGUUGUCGCGAGGUACUUCAUGGGUUAUUACCCUAGUAAGAUCGCUUGUCUGCUUAAUAUUAUCAUCAUGCUUGGAUAUGGUAUGAUCGACUGUCUAGUCGGUGGCCAAAUUCUGUCUGCCGUUUCUGGAGGCCGGAUGACCGUCAUUGUGGGCAUUAUCAUCAUUGCGAUUAUGACCUGGGUAGUGGUCUUGUUCGGCAUGACGGUCUUCCACAUUUAUGAGAGAUGGGCCUGGGUCCCCCAAUUCAUCGCCAUCUUCGUCUUGGUCGGCAGUGCAGGCCCCAAAUUCGACACUACGAUCAGCUCAACUGGCUCUUCUGAGACUAUCGCAGGCAAUCGCCUCUCUUUCUUCUCACUCUGCCUAUCGGCUUCGGUCGCGUGGGCGCCCGCAGGUGCUGACUUCUUCGUCUACUUCCCACCAACCACGUCAGCUUGGAAGACCUUCCUCAUGACCUUCCUAGGAGUGGGUCUGGCUCUAACAUUCGCUAACGUGAUGGGUGUCGGCCUGGCUUCUGGCACCUUCACCCACGAAACCUGGAGCAUGGCCUACGACACCUCAUCCGGUGCCCUCAUUCUAGCGGGCUACGACGGACUCGGCGGGUUCGGAAAGUUCAUGGGUGUGCUGGUCGCGCUGGGUCUCAUUGCCAACAAUAUCCCCGGCACUUAUUCUGCUUCCCUCGGUUUCCAGAUUAUGGGCCGUCAUCUGGCCCGUCUUCCACGAUGGUUCUACUCUUGUGUUGGCGUUGUGAUCUACACUGCUUGUGCACUUGGCGGUCGAAAUCAUUUGUAUGAUAUCUUUGAUAAUUUCUUGUCGCUUAUGGGGUACUGGGUCACUAUCUACCUGACGAUUGCGGUUGAAGAGCAUUUGAUUUUCCGGAGGGCAAGAGGCUUUAAUUGGGAUGUGUGGGCGGAUCCCUCUAAGCUGCCAAUCGGCAUUGCUGCUUUGUUGGCUUUCCUUAUUGGUUGGGCUGGGGCUAUCGUUUCCAUGGACCAAAUUUGGUAUGUUGGACCUAUCGCGAGUAUGGUAGGAGAAUAUGGGUCUGAUCUGGGGAUCUGGGUUGGUGUUUCGUGGACGAUGUUGGUGUAUCCGCCGAUGCGCUGGUUGGAGCUGAAGAAGUUUGAUCGGUGA